GAGUCUGGGCAGAGCACAGGGACAUUAGAGCCUGGCCGGUCAGGGGUGUGUGUGGCAGGCACAGCCGGGGGAAUCCCUGCAAGAGCAGCAGCUGCAGAGCACCUGGGAAAGGGCCUGGCCAGGAUGCGGGAGCUCCCAGGACGCGAGGAGACGGUGUCGGGCUGCACAGCUCCGUGCGCCGGGUCCUGCCACGCGCAGCGCCUACUGCAGUCCCUCAACGCCUUCCGGCGGAGCGGCACCCUCACCGAUGUGGUGCUGCACGCUGGCGGCCGUGACUUCCCAUGUCACCGCGCCGCGCUCAGCGCGGGCAGCACCUACUUCCGCAGCCUGUUCGCUGCCUCCGCCACGUCCAGGUAUCCAGAGCGCAGCCCAGCCCUCGUGCCCGUGGAAGUACCUGGUGGCGGGCCUGCCGCGGCGGCGGUGCUGGGUGCCGUGCUCGACUACGUGUACGGCGCGGGCGUGCGGCUGCGCGCCGAGGACGAGGCGGCCGCCGUGCUGGCGCUGGCGGAGCGGCUGGGCGUGGCGGGCCUGCGCGACGUCUGCGCGCGCUUCCUCGAGGGCCGCCUGCGUGCGCACAACAGCCUGGCGCUGCGCCGCGUGGCCGCCGCCUUCUCCCUCGCGUCGCUGGCCGAGCGCUGCAGCCGUGUGCUGCGCCAGGCCUUCGCCGAGGUGGCGCGUCACGCAGACUUCCUGGAGCUGGGGCCGGACGAGGUGGCCGCGCUGCUGGCGGACCCCGCGCUGGGCGUGGCGCGCGAGGAGGCGGUGUUCGAAGCGGCCAUGCGCUGGGUGCGCCACGACGCCCCGGCCCGCCGCGGCCAGCUGCCGCGCCUGCUGGAGCACGUGCGCUUGCCACUGCUGGCACCUGCGUAUUUCGUGGAGAAGGUGGAGGCGGACGAUCUGCUGCAGUCCUGCGGCGAGUGCCGACCGCUGCUGCUCGAAGCUCGCACCUGCUUCAUCCUGGGCCGAGAGGCAGGAUCACUGCGGGCGCGGCCACGCAGGUUCAUGGACCUGGCUGAAGUGAUUGUGGUCAUUGGUGGCUGUGACCGCAAGGGUCUCCUGCAGCUGCCUUUCGCUGACAGCUACCACCCAGAGAGCCGGCGCUGGACACCACUGCCCAGCCUGCCGGGCUACCCGCGCUCCGAGUUCGCUGCCUGUGCCCUCCGCAACGACAUCUACAUCUCAGGAGGCCACAUCAACAGCCGUGAUGUGUGGAUGUUUAGCUCCCAUCUGCACACCUGGAUCAGGGUGGCCUCACUGCACACGGGCAGGUGGAGGCACAAAAUGGCGGUUGUGCAGGGACAGCUGUUUGCCGUGGGUGGCUUUGACGGCCUGCAGCGCCUGCACAGUGUGGAGCGUUAUGACCCCUUUUCCAACACCUGGGCAGCUGCUGCACCCCUCCCAGAGGCCGUGAGUUCUGCGGCAGUGGCGACCUGCGCAGGCCAGCUCUAUGUGAUUGGAGGCGCAAGGCAGGAUGGCGUGAACACAGACAAGGUGCAGUGCUUUAACCUCAAGGAGGACCAGUGGAGCCUGCGGUCACCAGCGCCCUUCUCUCAGAGGUGCCUGGAGGCUGUGUCCCUGGAGGAUACCAUCUACGUGGUGGGCGGCCUCAUGAGCAAAAUCUUCACCUAUAACCCUGGCACAGAUGUCUGGGGGGAGGCAGCUGUUCUUCCCAGCCCCGUGGAGAGCUGCGGCCUUACUGUGUGUGACGGGAAGGUGCAUAUCCUAGGCGGGCGGGAUGACCGCGGGGAAAGCAGCGACAGAGUCUUCACCUUUGACCCCAGCAGUGGGCAGGUAGAGGCCCAGCCAGCCCUGCAGCGCUGCACCAGUUCCCACGGCUGUGUCACAGUCCUCCAGAGCCUAAGCAGGUGACU